ACCAUCAUGUUUGCCCAACAAAGCAUUUUCAAUGUACAACACUUUAGAAUGGUGGGGGGAACAACAGAGUGCACAGUUCAGUCUAUAUCCAGUCUUUGGGCGUCCGAAGAACUUGCAGCAACUCGUCCUCGGGAGACCCCUUCUCUGGCUCAUGCAUGUACUCCCAUCUUGCAGUCAGGGGAAGAGACAUGAGGAUGCUCUCUAUCCUGGCUGCAGGCGUGUGGAGACCAAACUUUGUCCCUCUGUCGUACACCAAGUUGAACUCCGUGUAGCGCCCCCUACGAAGUUGCUGCCAGCGCAUGUGGUUUUCUUUGAACGAAUCCCGAUAGUGUUUUUCCACCAGAGGUACGUAGGACGGUAUCACAGACGACGCACACGAAGACACAAACUUGAAACAGUCUUCCUUUGUCGGAGUCUCAAGAUCGUCAAAGAAAAUUCCCCCGAUCCCACGUCGCUCCUUUCGAUGGGGGAUAUUGAAGUAGUUGUCGCACCAUUUCUUGUACUUGGGGUAAUAGGUCUUGUCGUGAGCGUCACAAGCCUGUUUCAGCGUGGAGUGGAAGUGCUUGGCAUCUUCUUCGUUGAGGUAGUAAGGAGUGAGGUCUGUGCCGCCUCCGAACCAGCUGAGGAUCUUCCCCGAGCUGUCACUCACCUCAAAGUAGCGAUAGUUGAAGUGGAUGGUUGGUACCAUGGGGUUGACCGGAUGAACGACACAGCUGAUCCCCACGGCAUAGAAGGGGAGCUGCUUUCCCUCUUGCAUGGCCUUUCCUCGCGAGCGCAUCUGGGCAACCGCAGCCGGAGGGAGAUUUCCGUGAACCACCGAGAUGUUAAUGCCGGCUUUCUCGAAGGAUUCCCCGUCUUGUAACACGCACGAUAUCCCUCCACCACCUUCCUCGCGAGUCCACCGAUCAACUCUGAACUUCUUGUCCCCCGACUCGAACCGCUCAAGCUCAGCACACAACUGACCCUGGAGGUCCAUACACAACUUCUCCAUUCGCAACCUCAUUUCAGAUGGUGCACCUCGCAAGGCUUUCACACCAGAUAUAGGCUCGGCCUUCCAUGUGCAUGAAGUUGGUUUGUCUAGCGUGAAAGCCACGGCAAGGCCUGAGAAGCAAACACCGCUACCCCAGAGCAGGCGUCUCCUACUGCUUGAAGACGCCGCCCUCACUGCAGUCAGUACCCAGUUGACUCUUACACUGCUGGGGCCAAGAGGACUGUGAAGAGCCCUGCAGAUGGUCGAAAGCGAGGCUCGUACGGCCGAAAACGUCUUCCACAUCUCUUUCGUUGCGGUUUUACCCGUAGCUCAGUUCGCGCGUCCGGUAAAAAAGUAUGGUCUAAAGGUCAGUAAACUUACCACGUGGCAACCACCAGUCGGCCCAGCUAGCUCUUCAUCGCCCACCCAAUAGGCUCCUUAGUGGAGGCUACAAAGAAGAAGCCAGCUGCAACAGUAUGACGCAGAAGUGAGAGAUGCAGCGUGGUCUGCCUGUGAGAAAAGUAUCCAUUCCCUACCACGGCAUGACCAUUCCUAUACCCUGCAACAACUCCUUUUACAGCCCACCUAGCAGCAACCAAACAGCCCAAAACAUGGCGGAGAGCUCGACCUCUCAACUCCAGAACACAACGUCCACCGACACCAAGGCUAAAGUUGGCAAAAACUCACCUGCACCAAUCUCUAGCGGCACUCAUUCACAAUCUCCUCCCAAGUCUGCCUGGGUGCACACGGGGAGAGGACGAGCUCUCCAGAAACUGGUCUCGCACGGUGUGGUGGGUGUGGUGGGCAGGCGACAGUCGGCGACUCAAAACUCAGACAGGAGCGGUGGAAUUGCCUCCCCUCCUCCUCUUGCUGUUGAUCUCAGUGAAGCUGAUCCAGCAAUAGCUGCUGGACCAGAAGAUGAUGAGCCUGCCCUUGAUGCUGGCAAUGCAGAUAAUAAUGAGCUUGAUUCAGGGGCAACUGGCAAUGCAGUUAAUUACGAUCUUGAUUCAGGGGCACAUGCUAGUGACUUGGAUCAUGAUGAAAGAGAAACAAUUGUUCCAGCCGGAUCUGCUGGACCCGAAGGUGAGCCUACCGUUAGCACUCAAACAACUGACAUUGCAGAUAAUCACAAUUCUGGGGCAUCUGCAAAACUAUCACCUUCUGAAAAUAUAGCGGUUGUGAAUGCUCCUGCAGUUGAAACGGAAGCAAAAUCACCCCCACCUGCUAAAAGCCAGUCUCUGCAAUCGCCAUCUUGUGCUGGGCAACCGUUCCUCAGCCCUGUGUCAUCAGCCAAGACUCCCACGAGCUCGAGAAAGUCAAGAAUUUCGCUGGCCAUUCAGUUCAAAGGUGUCUGCUCAUCUUCUCCGUCAGCUCAAGAAUUUGCAGCCACCACUACACCACAGAAGGUCUCUGAAGACAGAGAAUACACUCUUAUGAGACCCAGCCAUUUCAUGCAACAGAGUAUCACCCCUCCUUCAUCUGGAAAGACGUUAACUGGUGAUGCUGAUGCUAUCAUCAAGGAUGCGGGAGUUGCUGCUGAGCUUAUGAAACGCAAAGAGACUCAACACGAGCUCAGGUGCUCUGCCAGUCAAGAAAUUCUCACGCAAGAUUAUUUUGAGGACUGUGGCCCAUUGUGUCUGUCGCCUACUAUGCCUCCAUUACUGAUCAAUACCGACUACAGCAAUGAGGAUUCAGAGGGACAGAGGGAAGAGAGGGAGGAUUUUCUUGAUAGUGUGAGCAGUGAUGAUGGGGGCGAGGGGGAGAGAGAGGGAGCGAGGAUGGGGCUCAGUGCCGCGCAACUGGAAGAGACAAUUUCCCUUCACCAGAGGAACACCCACAGAAACAGAGUGGAGGCCAAGAGAAUCGAGAGACGUGUCAAGGGAACAGAGGAGGUUCUGGCGGCAGAUGUGGCCGAGCAGUGUGCCCAGGAGGACGAAGACAGCCUCAACUACAACAUAACAGAAAGCAGGUAUGUGCCACUUUUUCAAGGCACAAAAUUUUAAGCAUGCGGUUCUUUACUGAUAGGGACUUGCUUGUGACUAUAGGCCACUUAGCAAUCUGGCCCCUAUAGAUAGGAAUAGUAGUUUCCAUGUUGGUGCUAUAUAUAUAACUGCUGGUGUUUGUUGUCCUUGCGUCUGAAGAGAGAAAGAAAUGGCACGUGUACUGGAUCUCCAGUUGCAGUUCGAUUCGCAAUCGAUUGAAGAAACUCGUUGUGCUAGUGAAAGCCUUCAGUUGGACCCAGAGAACCAUGACAAGUUGAUGAGGAUGGAGUUGAAGCUCGAAGUUGAGGCUCAGGAAGUAGAGAAACAGCUACAGCUGGUCAGAAAGCAGGCUGCUCUCCUCCAGACAAAGUCAGAAAUGAUCGUGUAGUCCAACAAACCAACUGACUUACAGACUCAUUUAAUUCCCCCUUCAGUUAUUCAUGAUCACAAGCCUCAAUAUUAUCAAAAUUCACAGUUGAUCAAUAAUCACAAUCAAUAGAAAUUAAUAUUAAUUGCAUGUUGAGCUGGCUAGCUACUUGUACAAAAAGGGAUUCUGGUGUCUCGCAGUGAUUGCAUUUAGACAUGUG